AUGUCGUCCCAAAAUGGCGCUGGCCAGCACCAGCUGCCGCCCAACAACCCUUUCGCAGGCGCUGCGUACCACGACGAUCAGAGCAGUGAAGCCAGCUACUUCCCCAACGAACGCAGAGACACAUACGCUUCCGAGCGCUCAGAGGCCGACCUCAUCGGCGGCCACGGCUACGAUGCCGACUCGUACGAGGGCGGCGCCUACAAGGACAACUAUGCCUACUCCUCCGAGUCCGCCCAGCGAGGCUACACACCCGGUCCCGGCAGUCAGUUCGGUCAGGGCUCGUACGCUCCCUCGGGCAUCUCCAGCCCUUACCCUGAUGCUGGUGCUGGCGGUGGAUACCGUCAGCGCGAGCCCUACCCGGCCUGGACCGCUGAGCACAACAUUCCUCUCUCGAAAGAGGAGAUCGAGGACAUCUUCAUCGAUCUCGCCAACAAGUUCGGUUUCCAGCGCGACAACAUGCGCAACAUGUACGACCACCUCAUGAUCAUGCUCGAUUCGCGCUCGAGUCGCAUGACCCCGCAGCAGGCUCUCAUGACCAUCCACGCAGACUACAUCGGUGGCGAACACGCCAACUACCGUAAAUGGUACUUUGCUGCUCAGCUCGACCUCGACGACGCCAUUGGCAAAGUGCAGAACCCCGGUCUCGCGCGCGCAGCCAGCAUGGCCAAGCGAGGCAAGAACGCCGCUGCCAGUGCUGCUGCCAAGCUGCAGUCCGCCAGCGCAAAGUCGCUCCAGUCCGCUUCGGCCCGCUGGCGUGACGCCAUGCUCAAGAUGAGCGACUACGACCGCACAAGGCAGGUCGCCCUCUACCUGCUCUGCUGGGGUGAAGGUGGCCAAGUGCGUUUCGUGCCCGAAUGUCUUUGCUUCAUCUUCAAGUGCGCAGACGACUACUACCGCUCGCCAGAGUGCCAGAACCGCAUGGAGCCCGUCCCCGAAGGACUCUACCUCCGCGCGGUCGUCAAGCCCCUCUACCGCUUCCUCCGCGACCAGGUCUUCGAGGUGGUUGACGGCAAGUUCGUCAAGAAGGAGAAGGACCACGACAAGACCAUCGGAUACGACGACGUCAACCAGCUCUUCUGGUACCCCGAGGGCAUCGGCAGGAUCAUCCUGAACGACAAGACGCGCCUCGUCGACGUGCCGCCAAGUCAGCGUUUCAUGAAGUUUGACAAGAUCGACUGGCCCCGCGUCUUCUUCAAGACGUACAAGGAGAAGCGUUCAUUCUUCCACCUUCUCGUCAACUUCAACCGUAUCUGGAUUCUGCAUAUUUCGGUCUUCUUCUACUACACGGCGUACAACGCCCCCAAGAUCUACGCUCGCUCUCGAAACCCCACCACGGCCGAGUCGCUCUCAGCAGCCGGCCUCGGUGGUGCCAUCUCGUCCUUCAUCAUGAUUGCUGCCACCAUGGCCGAGUUCUCGUACAUCCCUACCACCUGGAACAACACGAGCCACUUGAUGCGCCGCAUGAUCUUCCUUGCUAUCUGCCUUGCCAUCACGAUCGCUCCUGCCGUCUACGUCUUUGGCUUCAACAACAGCGGCAACGUCGCCAACAUUGUUGCCAUCGUCCACCUGGCUCUCGCUGGCUGCAUCACUGCGCUCUUCUCGAUUGUGCCCUCGGGCCGUAUGUUCGGUGACCGUGUCGCAGGCAAGGCGCGCAAGUACCUGGCCAACCAGACCUUCACCGCCUCGUACGCCCCUCUCGUCAAGAGCCACCGUGCCGUCUCGAUCCUGCUCUGGACGCUCGUCUUCGGAUGCAAGCUCACUGAGUCGUACUUCUUCUUGACCCUCUCGUUCCGUGACCCGCUCGCCGUCAUGAUCACCAUGAAGGUGCAGGGUUGCAGCGACAAGUACUUCGGCACCGCGCUCUGCUCCAACCAGCCUGCCUUCGCCUUGACCUUCAUGACCAUCAUGGAUCUCAGUCUCUUCUUCCUCGACACUUUCUUGUGGUACGUCAUCUGGAACACGGUCUUCUCCAUCGGUUGGUCCUUCCACAUGGGUCUCUCGAUCUGGACGCCCUGGUCCGACAUCUUCCAGCGAUUGCCCAAGCGCAUCUACGCCAAGCUGCUCGCCACCGCCGACAUGGAGAUCAAGUACAAGCCCAAGGUGCUCGUCUCGCAGGUCUGGAACGCCGUCAUCAUCUCGAUGUACCGCGAGCAUUUGCUCUCGAUCGACCACGUCCAGAAGCUCCUCUACCACCAGGUGCCCGCCGGUGAGAACGGAAAGCGCACCCUCCGUGCCCCGACCUUCUUCAUCAGCCAGACCGACAAGGGAGUCAAGCCCGAGUUCUUCCCCAAGGGCUCCGAGGCUGAGCGCCGUAUCAGCUUCUUCGCCCAGUCGCUCACCACAGCCCUCCCCGAGCCACUACCCAUCGACGCCAUGCCCACCUUCACCGUCCUCGUUCCCCACUACUCGGAGAAGAUCCUGCUUUCGCUUCGUGAGAUCAUUCGCGAGGAGGACCAGAACACGCGUGUCACGCUGCUCGAGUACCUCAAGCAGCUCCACCCCGUCGAAUGGGACAACUUCGUCAAGGACACCAAGAUUCUCGCCGAAGAGUCGCAAGGCUUUGGAGGCAACUCGCCCUUCGGUGGUGACAGCGACGAAAAGUCCGGCACCAAGAACUCGGCCAAGGCGGACGACCUUCCCUUCUACUGCAUCGGUUUCAAGUCGGCUGCGCCCGAGUACACGCUGCGAACGCGCAUUUGGUCGUCGCUGCGUGCUCAGACCCUCUACCGUACCGUUUCUGGUUUCAUGAACUACUCCAAGGCCAUCAAGCUGCUCUACCGCGUCGAGAACCCCGAGGUCGUUCAGCUGUUCGGCGGCAACACCGAGAAGCUCGAGCGCGAGCUCGAACGCAUGUCGCGCCGCAAGUUCAAGUUUGUCAUUUCCAUGCAGCGAUACUCCAAGUUCAACAAGGAGGAACAGGAGAACGCCGAAUUCUUGCUUCGCGCCUACCCCGACCUGCAGAUUGCCUACCUCGACGAGGAGGCUCCUCGCAAGGAGGGCGGCGAGUCGCGAUGGUUCUCGGCGCUCGUCGACGGUCACUCUGAGAUCCUGCCCAACGGAAAGCGUCGCCCCAAGUUCCGCGUCGAGCUGCCCGGUAACCCUAUCCUCGGUGACGGCAAGUCGGACAACCAGAACCACGCCAUCAUCUUCAACCGCGGCGAGUACGUGCAGCUCAUCGAUGCCAACCAGGACAACUACCUCGAAGAAUGCCUCAAGGUGCGCAGCGUGCUCGGUGAGUUCGAGUCAUUCAACGUCUCGAACCAGAACCCGUACGGAUCCGGACAUCAGGAGUUCGCCAAGGCGCCCGUCGCAAUUCUCGGUGCACGAGAGUACAUUUUCUCCGAGAACAUCGGUAUCCUCGGUGACGUCGCUGCCGGCAAGGAGCAGACGUUCGGUACCAUGGCCGGUCGUGGUCUUGCCCAGAUUGGUGGUAAGCUCCAUUAUGGUCACCCGGAUUUCCUCAACACCAUCUUCAUGACCACGCGCGGUGGUGUGUCCAAGGCGCAAAAGGGUCUUCACUUGAACGAGGAUAUCUAUGCAGGCAUGAACGCAUUCGGUCGCGGUGGUCGCAUCAAGCACGUCGAGUACUACCAGUGCGGUAAGGGUCGUGAUCUUGGUUUCGGUACCAUUCUCAACUUCACCACCAAGCUCGGUAACGGAAUGGGUGAGCAGAUGCUGUCGCGAGAGUACUACUACCUCGGCACGCAGCUGCCUGCCGAUCGCUUCCUCACGUUCUACUACGGCCACCCCGGUUUCCACAUCAACAACAUUCUCGUCAUUCUCUCGGUGCAGCUCUUCAUGUUCACCAUGGUGUUCAUCGGUACGCUCAACUCGCAGCUGCGUGUGUGCGCCACCACCAACAGCGAGUACAUCGUGGGCACGGGCGGUUGCUACUACCUCAACCCGGUCUUCCUCUGGAUCAAGCGUACCAUCAUCAGCAUCUUCCUCGUCUUCAUGAUCGCCUUCUUGCCGCUGUUCUUGCAGGAGCUCUCGGAGCGAGGCGCUAUCUCGGCCUUUGUCCGUCUGGCGAAGCACUUCAUGAGUCUCAGUCCCAUCUUCGAGGUGUUCUCGACCAUGACGUACUCUCACUCGAUCAUCAGCAACUUGACCUUCGGUGGUGCUCGCUACAUCGCCACUGGACGAGGUUUCGCCACCACGCGUCAAAGCUUCGCGCUGCUCUACAGCCGAUUCGCUGGUCCUUCGAUCUACUCGGGCAUGCGCCUGUUGCUGUUGCUGCUCUACAUUACUCUCACGCUUUGGAUCCCACACCUGAUCUACUUCUGGAUCUCGAUCUUGGCCCUCUGCAUCGCUCCCUUCCUGUUCAACCCUCACCAGUUCUCUGCUUCGGACUUCAUCAUCGACUACCGCGAGUUCCUGCGCUGGAUGUCGCGUGGUAACAGCCGCAGCCACGCCAACUCGUGGAUCGGCUAUUGCCGUCUCAGCCGAACCAAGGUCACCGGUUACAAGAAGAAGCGUCUCGGACACCCAAGCGAGAAGCUGGCCGGAGACGUGCCUCGUGCAGGCUGGAGGACCAUCCUGUUCGCCGAGGUCAUCUUCCCCAUCUGCCUUGCCGUCAUCUUUGUGGUCGCCUACGCCUUCGUCAAGAGUUUCCACCAGCAAGGAGACCCGCCCCAGGGUGCGAUUGUGCGCAUCGCCAUCAUCGCCCUCGGUCCCAUCGUGUGGAACGCCGCCAUCCUGCUGGUGCUCUUCCUGAUCAGCAUGUUCCUCGGCCCGGCGCUCAACAACUGCUGUGCCAAGUUUGGUUCAAUCAUGGCCUCGAUUGCCCACGUGCUCGCCGUCGUCGGUGUCAUUGUCGCCUUCGAGUUCCUGUGGUUCCUCGAGCUGUGGAACGCCUCGCACGCCGUGCUGGGUGUUAUCGCGGUCAUCGCGAUCCAGCGUGCCAUCUUCAAGAUCCUCAUCGCCCUGGUGCUUUCGCGAGAGCUCAAGCACGACGAGACCAACCGUGCUUGGUGGACCGGUCGAUGGUACGGCCGUGGCCUCGGUGGUCACGCCUUCAGCCAGCCCGCACGAGAGUUUGUGGUCAAGAUCAUCGAGAUGUCGCUCUUCUCUGCCGACUUCUUGACAGCCCACAUUCUGCUCUUCGGUCUCUCGCUGCCAUGCCUGAUCCCGUACUUUGACAGGCUGCACUCGACGGCGCUCUUCUGGCUGCGACCGUCGAAGCAGAUCCACGCGCCCAUCUUCUCGCUUCGUCAGCGAAAGCAGCGAAGGUCGAUUGUCUGGAGGUACCUGAUCCUCUUCGUCUUUUCGUUCGCGGUCUUCCUGGCUCUGAUCAUCCUGCCAGCGGUCUUCUCAUCAACGAUCGACCUGAACUGCUCGUUCUGCAAAUCGCUCUGA